AUCCGUCCAUACACUUCCUUUUCUCUGCUGCUGAAUGGUGCGGUACAGGAGCGCAGCACAUGCAGGACGGCACCGGGUUCUCCCCUUCUGUCUGAUGGAGACAGGCUGAGGAAGGACAAGGUCCGGUCCGGCAGAGACCACCUCGAGGAUCCUCGCGGGGAAGGAGUCCGUUUCCCUUGCUGGAAACGCCGGGAGGAGCAGCCACGGCACAGGGGAACGAGAGUGGCGACAGUAGAGAUCUUCUGUCAUCUAAAGGUCUCCUGCCUCCCUUCCAGGCCGUGUCUCAGAGAUUGUGUUUAACAUACAUGCUCCCAAGAGUGUGUAGCUUGUAGAGUCAUGGGCUCCGUGGGAGCAGAGCGCCGCAGGCCAACGCCACAGAUUCCCGAGGAGAGGGAUGUGUGGAGGGAUGGAGGAAGAGCUGGAUGGAGGGAUGGAGGAAGGGAGGGAUGGAGAGAGGGAAGGGAGAGCGGCGUGGUGCAGAGCUACAGCUUUGACUCGUACCAGCUAGAGGAGGAGGAGCUCAGUAAAGAUGCCCCGGAGCGAGGAGUGCUGGCUCUGUCCGAGCCCGACAUUGAGGAGCUGAUCCCUGACGACCGUUACCAUGGCAUCUACUUUGCAAUGCUAUUGGCUGGUGUGGGUUUCCUGCUUCCCUACAACAGUUUCAUUACUGAUGUGGACUACCUACAUCACAAGUUUCAAGGGACUUCCAUAGUGUUCGACAUGAGUCUGACGUACAUCGUGGUGGCUCUGCUGGCCGUCAUCCUCAACAAUGUGCUGGUAGAGAGACUCAGCAUGCACACCAGAAUCACUGUGGGUUACAUCUUCGCUCUCGGACCGCUGGUCUUUGUCAGCGUGUUUGAUGUGUGGCUGGCCAAGUUCACCACCAGGCAGGCUUAUAUUAUCAACCUUGUGUCAGUGGGAGUGGUGGCCUUUGGAUGUACAGUGCAGCAGUCCAGUUUCUAUGGUUACAUGGGAAUGCUGCCCAAGAGGUACACGCAGGGGGUGAUGACCGGAGAGAGUACAGCAGGUGUGAUCAUCUCCCUGUCGCGGAUCUUCACCAAGCUACUGAUCCCCGACGAGAGGAGGAACACGCUCAUCUUCUUCCUCGUCUCCAUCAGCAUGGAGAUGCUCUGCUUCCUGCUUCACCUGCUGGUCCGACGCUCCCAAUUUGUCCGCUACUACACGAGCCACUCCCAGGGCAAAGGCCCGGCCAAAGGCCACGACCCGCGAGACAACGGGACCGGGUACAGAGUGCACCAUGAUGUCAUCGCAGAGGAAGUAAGAUUUGGAAAUGGUGGGACAGCACCGAUCCCAACAGAGGAAGGCGUUGAGGACUUUGAGGGUGGGACAUAUGUGCGAUUCGACGCCCCCAAAGCCAAAAUAAGGAGGACCUGGCCGGGUGUCCGAGACAUGAUCUUGCAUCGUUACGUGGUGUCCCGUGUGAUCUGGGCCUACAUGCUGUCUAUAGCAGUGACCUACAGUAUCACCCUGUGUCUGUUCCCCGGGCUGGAGUCAGAGAUACGAAACCCCACCUUAGGGGAGUGGCUCCCCAUCCUCAUCAUGGCCACCUUCAACAUGUCGGACUUUGUUGGCAAGAUUCUGGCAGCGCUGCCGUUCGACUGGUCCGGAGGCCGCCUGCUCUUCUUUUCCUGCCUGAGGGUGGUCUUCAUCCCUCUGUUCGUCAUGUGCGUGUACCCGGCCAGCGCGCCCACCCUGUCCCAUCCUGCCUGGCCCUGUCUCUUCUCCCUCCUCAUGGGAGUAACCAACGGCUACUUCGGGUCUGUGCCGAUGAUCCAGGCUGCGGGCAAAGUGCCGCCCGAACAGAGGGAGCUGGCAGGGAACACCAUGACGGUGUCCUAUAUGACAGGCUUGAUGGUGGGCUCCGUUGUGGCGUACGCGGCUUACAGCUUCGCAGCUCCGCCACCGUGGCCAUCACGGCCAAUCGUCACCUAUCACACACCUGUCAACACAACUGCGUUUUGAAUGUCCACACACUUAAUCAAACAAACACAUAUAAACACACAGACAAACACACACCUGCAGCCAUUGAGACAUGCGAGAUGCUGGCCAGAAGAAGCAAUGCUGACUGAUGGACUCGAGUCCAGCAGCAGAGGACAAGAAGUCAUCUGUAAUGAACCCUAAAGGUUCAUGUUAAUACUCAGAGAGGUUGAUUCUCCUUGUCCAGAUUACGCUUUGAUUUGGCUCACUGGAUAAAAGAAGAGGACUAAGAUACAAAAAAAGAGAAAAUUAUGUUAAACCAUAAAAACGUAGCAGGGUUCUCCUCUCUGUGAUUCAGCAGUCACCUUCAAAUGUCACGGCUCUGCUGUGAUGAACCUUUCCCUGGAGGUGAAGAACGGGAGCUGUCAGAGAGCCAACAGAAGCCGUUUGAGUGUCUCACAGUGAAAUGAUUGUCUGCAUGUGUGUGUGCGAACAGACCCGCUGGCAUUUGUACAGUGUAAAGUCAAGUGGUUUUUCACUGUAGGGAACCAACAGCUAGCAGGAGGCCUAUUCGAGGAGACCUUGUAUCACGGGUCACAUAUGUGACAUUUCACGAUUUUUAGUAUUCAGAGCAGAGACAAGGUGUCAGUGUGGGCUUUUCUGGACCAGUUAUUUCAAAUGUUUCCUCAUUAUGAUCACUGAAAACCUCAGACUACA